CAUCCCUGAGAAGUGCAAAGUUUAACCAACACCAACAGAGAAGAGAAAAGAGGAACUUACUUCUCUCGACGAUCACAGGGCCAAGCCACCCUUUUGGUAGGAGCCAGAGGCAAGCUACCUCUUCUCGCCUUUAGUGUGGUGUCCAUCCACCUCUCGCGACUACUUGUCUUGCAGUGCUAGAAGCCAUGUCGUCUACGCUGGCCGAGGAAAUCUGGCCCAGUCUGGAUUCAUAACCUUGUCGUUUCCAGCUUGUUCACCCCCCCUUCUCUGCGUCACUUCUUCCUUCUUCUGCCAAAUUCUUUCCCGACGAUCUCGUCAAGUAGCUCCUCUUCCUGUACGCUGCUUGUGAAUUCUUUCCUUGCAUGGAUCAAGAGGCCCCGACCAAUCCUGAUCUCGUAGCGCCGCUGCUUGGCGUAUCCGAGGAUGAUAAAUCCAAGAUCUUCGACAAAGGCGUGUCGCAUCUCACUGUCUUCCAGACACCGGAUAGGCUUUUCGAAAGCCUGGACUACGAGAUCAUCGAGAACGAUCUCUUCAAACAGGACUGGCGAGCGCGAAAGAAGGAAGAAGUCUUCCUCUACAUUGUCACCAAAUGGGCCUUCGCGUUCCUGACCGGGUUCAUUAUCGGUGCCGCCGCACUUAUCAUCAACUUCAGCGUCGAGAACAUAGCUGGAGCCAAAUGGCUUGUUGCGUCAAGCUACAUGACCUCUGGCAGGACCAUGACUGCCUUUGCCAUUUUCACCGCAUUGAAUACAGGACUGGUCUUCCUGGGAGCAGCCAUGACUGUUUACCUUGCUCCAUCAGCAGCCGGAUCUGGAGUUCCAGAGAGCAAAGCUUAUCUCAAUGGGAUUGAUGCACCACGAAUCCUGGAACCAAUUACAAUGGUCAUCAAGCUACUUGGAAGUAUCUGUGUCGUCUCGGCAGGACUGUAUCUCGGUAAGGAAGGGCCACUUAUCCAUAUCGGAUCCUGCGUAGCAUAUUUCCUCGGCCAAGGUGGCUCCCUGCGCUAUCAUAUGAACUGGAGAUGGCUGCGAGUUUUCAAGAACGAUCGAGACCGGCGAGAUCUUGUUACCUGUGGCUGUGCCGGAGGAGUUGCAGCGGCGUUUCGAGCACCGAUUGGAGGAGUUCUAUUUGCACUCGAGGAAGUAACUUCAUGGUGGCGGAGUGCUCUUUUGUGGAGAGCUUUCUUCACAACUGCCGUUGUCGCGGUCAUGUUGCAGCUCGGCAAGCAAUUCUGUGCCCAGGGAAUCUGUGGUCUUUUCGGAGAAGGCGGUCUCAUCAUGUUCGAUAUCAGCCACGCUUACGGCCAAUUUGGACUGCUCGACUUGUUCCCCGUUGUCAUCUUGGGAGUCCUCGGAGGAAUCCUUGGCAGCGUCUUUAACAAGCUCAACACUCGUGUCACCAAGUGCUACAUCUACUGGUAUCUCAGAAAGCCACCAUGCGUCAAAGUUAUACAUGCCUGCUUGAUGGCCAUUCUCACGUCCGCCUGCUGCUUCUGGCUUCCAUUUCUGGUUAAGUGCAGACCCUGCCCCGAUUUAUCUGAUAUUCCAGGAUAUAAAUGUCCAACCCACGGACAAACAGGAAACUUCAAAGGCUUCAACUGUCCUGCCGGCCAAUAUAACGAUCUCGCUGGCCUAUUCUUCGCCACCAAAGAUGACGCCGUUAGAAACCUCUUCAGUUUUAAAACGUACCGGGAGUAUCACUACAGGUCCAUUCUGGUUUUCUUCGGCGUAUCCUUCAUAUUUUCCCUGAUAACUUACGGGAUUGCGGUGCCAUCCGGCCUGUUUAUACCGUUGAUCAUCAAUGGAGCUUCACUGGGCCGGCUGGUUGGCAUGAUUAUGACCACCACGACCGGCAACAAAAUGGACGAGGGCUACUUCGCUGUUCUUGGUGCUGCAGCAUUCCUCGGAGGAACCAUGCGAAUGACAGUUUCUCUUUGCGUCAUUCUUCUCGAGCUCACGAACAACAUGCUGAUGCUACCAAUGAUCAUGCUGGUACUGCUUAUUGCAAAAACGGUCGGUGACAUCUUCAACUCCGCCAUCUGGGAAAUGUACGUCAAGAUCAAAGGAUAUCCAAUACUGGAAGCAAAGCCCGAGCCUUUCAUGCAGCAGCUUACAGCCAAAGAUGCGGUAACAACAUCCGUGGUUUCACUGUCGCCAGUCGAGCAAGUGUCAACGGUACUAAUGGUUCUGAGGAACACCACGCACAACGCCUUUCCUGUCAUCGGAGAGUCCAGCACGACUGGAAGGAAAGUUUUCCUGGGCCUGGUACUGCGAUCACACUUGCUGGUACUGCUGAAAAACAAGGCCUUCCAUUACGCAUCAAGUGGCUCUGCAGAAAAUUCGAAAAUGUUACAGUUCACGGACUUUGCAAAACCAGCGACAGGAAAGUCUUUAAAGAUCGAGGAUAUAGACUUACGUCCCGAGGAGGAGCUGGAGUUCAUCAACGUCCGACACAUCACAAACGGAUCACCGUAUACUGUCCUUGAAUCGGCAUCACUGGCGAAGGCCUACACGUUGUUCCGAGACCUGGGACUUCGACACCUUUGCGUAGUUCCCCGUGAACCAGAGGAAGAGCCGAUCAUCGGGGUGCUCACUCGACAUAAUUUUCUCCACGAGAAUCUACAGAACCUGUUCCCAUAUCUUAUGCCCAAAAAACAAGCCGCCGGCAAAACCAUUCUUAUGUAAGUAAAGUCGCAAGCAAGAUUGUUGAGCUCGAAAGAUUGGAGCUUUUGGACCAGUCGAUUCCAGAUUUUCAGGCCCACUGCGACGACGUUGCAUUAUCAGUGUCGCCUUCGAGCUUUUUGGUGUUGUCGUAAACCAUUUAAGUUUCCUGCAACUGCCUACCCAUUCUUUCCUGCUUCUUUCGGCCACUUCCUGUUAUCCCUUCCUCACCAAAGUCACCGAGAUCUACACAGCGUUGAUCAGACAAACAUCCAUUGCGUCCAUUGAUAAAACUCCAACGUCUAACCCGGUCGGAUAAUCAGAGUCCUUGGGAAUAACAUUUGCGGCAAUGUCGUGCGGUUGCAUUUGAAGAUUCUCCAAAACAGUCUCCGUAAAUGCAUUUCCCGUGUGAUCGUAAAGUAUGAUAGAUAGCGGUUGAUCAGCCGCUGGAAAUAAAGAAAAGAGAUCAAAUAAUUAGACAACCGUAUCACUCACCAAUA